UUUUCUUUUCAAUUUCAGGUGUGAAAUUUUGAUGAUUUGAUUAGUAAAAGAAGGGAAUAGUGAUCAUGGCAUUAGGAAGAUAUGGUAGAGUAGAUAAUAGGAGGUCAUCGUCUUCUAGUUAUGGUUCCACUGUCACCAUUGUGGUUUUCGUGGGAUUAUGUUUAGUUGGAAUUUGGAUGAUGACUUCGUCCUCGGUUAUCCCCGAUCAGAACGAGUAUGAUGUGGCUCACGAAAAGAAAAACCAACUCGAUGAUCAGGUUACACCGGUAAUUGAUAAUAGCAAUGACAGGAGCAACGAAAAGAAAAACCAACUCGAUGAUCAGGUUACACCGGUAAUCGAUAAUAGCAAUGACAAGAGCAACAACGUUCAAUUCGAAGAUAACCCCGGGGAUUUACCUGAGGAUGCCAGGAAAGGGGAUUCAAAUGUGAGUCGGGCUAAAGAUGAUGGCAAGGGCACUGGCAACUUAAGUACGCAAGAAAACAGGGGGAAUACUGAAGACAGUCAGUUGGUUGAGUCCAAGAAGGAUAAGAAGCAAUUGGAUUCUGAAGCUGGACAGACAAACAACAGUGAUGGUGAGAAUUUAGGUGCAUUAGGGGGUUCUGAAGAGAAUUCUGUUGACAAAAAAUCUGAUCCGGGAGAGAGCAACAAGAAAGCUGUCUCCAAUGAGAAUGAUAAGACGUCUGAUUCUGGUAGUGGUGAAAAGAAACCAGAUAAAAAAUCAUCUGAAACUACUGGAGGUAAGGGGGAUGGUCAGAUAGAGGGAAAGAUUGAACAAAAUGGCAAAAACGAGUCUAACAAAAAGUAUUCUGAAGGUGGACUGACAAACAACAAUAGUGGUAAGAAUUUGGGUGGACUAGGAGAUUCUGAAGCGAAUCCUGAUGACAAAAAGUCUGAUUCAAAAGAGAGCAACAAGAAAGCUGUCAAUGAAAAGAACAGCAACGAAUCUGAUUCUGUUGGCACCGAAAAGAAACCAGUUGAAAAUUCCUCUGGAACCAAUGGAACUAAGGUGGAUGGUCAGAUAGAGGGUAAGGUUGAUAAAAAUGAUAAAAAGUUGGAUCAAAGCUCUGAUGAGGCAAAAGAUAAUCCUCAAGUGGAAAACCAGAGCUUAAAUGAAGUUUCCUCCUCUGUUGCUCAGUCUGAACUUUUGAGUGAAACCAAUAUUCAGAAUGGAUCAUUCUCUACUCAGGUGGCAGUAUCAACAAAUGAAAAGAAGACUCGGUUAGCAUCCAAGGAAUACAGUUGGAAGCUUUGCAAUUCUACUGCUGGGCCUGAUUAUAUCCCAUGUCUUGACAAUUGGGAAGCAAUCAGGCAUCUCCGUACCAACAAACAUUAUGAGCAUCGAGAGAGGCAUUGCCCAGAAGAACCACCUACCUGCCUUGUUCCUCUUCCUCAAGGAUAUAAACGCUCAAUUACGUGGCCCAAAAGCAGAGAGAAGAUCUGGUAUUGUAACAUUCCCCAUACUCAGUUGGCAGAAAUUAAGGGUCAUCAGAACUGGGUUAAAGUAACUGGGGAGUACCUCACAUUUCCCGGUGGUGGAACCCAGUUUAAGCAUGGUGCUCUUCUCUAUAUUGACUUCAUAGAAGAGUCUGCGCCCGAAAUCGCCUGGGGAAAACGCUCUCGUGUGAUAUUAGAUGUUGGAUGUGGAGUUGCCAGCUUUGGAGGUUUUCUUUUUGACAGAAAUGUGCUUGCUAUGUCACUUGCACCUAAAGAUGAACAUGAAGCUCAAGUGCAAUUUGCACUUGAAAGGGGAAUUCCUGCUGUGUCUGCUGUGAUGGGUACUAAGAAACUUCCCUACCCUGGCAGAGUAUUUGAUAUUGUUCAUUGUGCAAGAUGUAGAGUGCCAUGGCACAUAGAAGGUGGCAAACUCCUCUUGGAGCUCAACCGUUUGCUGCGACCUGGUGGUUUCUUUGUGUGGUCCACAACUCCUGUUUAUCAGAAAGUUCGUGAAGAUGUUGAAAUCUGGAAAGCAAUGGUUGAACUAACAGAAGCUAUGUGCUGGAAGCUUGUAAACAAAACUAGGAAGGAUCCAAUAAAUAGGGUAGCGGUAGCAAUAUUUAAGAAGCCUUCUUCUAACGAUUGCUAUAAUAGAAGGCCAAAACAAGAGCCUCCACUCUGUCCCGACUCUGAUGAUCCAAAUGCAGCCUGGAAUGUGUCACUGAAAACAUGCAUGCACAAAGUGCCUGUAGAUGCAUCGGAACGUGGGUCUAAGUGGCCUGAGCCAUGGCCAGCAAGGUUGGAAAAAUCACCUUAUUGGUUGUUGAGUUCCCAUGUUGGAGUUUACGGCAAAGCAGCACCUGAGGAUUUUGCGUCUGACUCUGAACACUGGAAACGAGUGGUCCAGUCGUACAGGAAGAUGGGAAUAAACUGGUUAUCUAUUAGAAAUGUCAUGGACAUGAAAGCUGUUUAUGGAGGAUUUGCUGCGGCACUCAAAGAUUUGGAUUUGUGGGUCAUGAAUGUUGUCCCAAUUCGCUCUCCAGAUACCCUUCCUAUAAUAUACGAGAGAGGUCUAUUUGGCAUGUAUCAUAAUUGGUGUGAAUCGUUUAGCACUUAUCCGAGGUCAUAUGAUCUUCUCCACGCUGACCAUCUAUUCUGCAAGGUUAAAAAGAGGUGCAAUAUAUUGUCCAUGGUUGCUGAGGUUGAUCGAAUACUAAGGCCGGAAGGGAUAUUUAUUGUCCGGGACGAUGUUGAGACCAUUAAUGAGCUUGAGAGCAUGUUAAGAUCUAUGCAGUGGAAAGUCCUCACAACUUUCUCCAAGGACAAGCAGGGAUUGUUGUGUGUCCAGAAAUCCAUGUGGCGACCGAAAGAGGUGGAGACGAUCACGUAUGCCAUUGCUUAGGCAUGCUUUUCGUUCAUCUGGUGACGAUUGCCACGUUUAUACACUGCCAGGUACUGUUUUUUGUUUCAGUAACUAGCUGAAAAAUCAUGGUGGUUAGUUCUCUACGUUAGCUCUUACAGCUUGUAUGACGUUAAGUAGGCCUUUAGAUUUGGAUCGCAUUUCAUUUAACCUAUAAGCUUUUCAUUUAAGUUUUCAGCCA